AGAGCUCUAAAGAUGACGUCUCAAACGUCUAUGUCACGUGAUUAUGUGGGCGGGUCCGAAAUCAGUUUCCGGAAACAUGGAGGCUGUUGUGAGUGAUGUGGUGGCUCCCGAAGACCUUCUAAAAUUUGAGAAGAAAUACAACAGCGAGCUGGCGAAGGGAGCUGUCUCCAAAGAAACAAAGUUUGAAUAUGCUUGGUGUCUGAUCAGGAGUAAAUACACAGUGGAUAUCAAGAAGGGAAUUGUGCUCUUAGAAGAGCUCGUUCAGAAAGCUUCCAAAGACGACUCUCGGGACUUCUUGUUCUACCUUGGAGUGGCCAACUACAGGCUCAAAGAAUAUGAGAGAGCCCUGAAGUACGUCCGAACUCUUCUAAGGAACGAACCGGGGAACAAGCAGGCUCUGGAGCUGGAGAAACUCAUUGACAAGGCUUUGAAGAAAGAUGGCUUGGUUGGCAUGGCCAUUGUCGGGGGAAUCGGCCUUGGAGUGGCUGGUUUGGCUGGCCUUAUCGGCUUGGCUGUGUCAAAGGGAGCUGCUAAAUCCUAACCUGGACACUGGACCACAUGUCCUCAUUUUGCUGGACUGACGCACUAAUCCUUCCCCUGAAUAAAAAGUUAAAAGUUUGUGGAAAAAGCCUGAAGGAUGUAACAUUUUGAUUUGAAGUUGCUGAGGAACUGCAGCACAUUAAAGGGUUUGAAUAAUGCCAGUGAAUAACCUGUUGUCAUGUAUUAACAGGGUUGAGAUUCACCGUGACAUUACUUGUCUAUUCACACUCAAAGUAUCGCACUUUCUUAUUAUUUCUGUAAAUAAAUUAAAAUUGUUGAGGUGCAUCUAAAUUUUAUGUAUGCACUGCAGCCUAAACUUCUUAAGUUGACAUUUACUUUCUAUAAAAAAUAUGUUUAUGAAAGCUCAGUUGAGGUUCUGUAAAUCCAUUGUGGAGGAAAGUGUUAUUGGUGUAGCUUGUAACGCCAAAAGCGGCUGAGUGGUUUGUUUGCUGAUGAGGUGACGCCGACUCUGCCAAGUUAUUGCAGUUAUUUUGGACGUGAUGUUUCUUUUCAUUUAUUCUGAAUACAACUUGGAAAUAAAAAUUAAUACCUUAUCAUGUAAAAUGAACUACUUAACCUGUACUACAUUUAAUGGGUUGUGUUUUCCAUGUCGUUAAAUAAAAUGAUUUUGGAUUGA